AUGUCCGGCAACACAAUGAGAGGGACGCCUACCCGCAAUCAAGGCAGGGGCAACAUUCCCUUUGCCAGCAGUCCCGCGACUUCUGGUAUUCCACGACCGGCCGGCGAGCCACAGCCCUCCGAGGCUGGCUCGGCCGUCAGCGCCAGUCGUCAGAAGCAGACCAAGCGUGAUGAGGCCAUCCGCCGAAAGAUGGAGUACGACCUCUCCAAGAAGAAGAACCUGACGAACCGCGCCCGACACUCCCGCAAGGCCCCGCCUGGCACCGUCAUGGCCCUCAAGCCUAGCCAGGCCCUCCAGAUAAAACCUGGCACGACCGUCUCCGAGGCUGCCCAGCUCAUGGCCGCCAAGCGGGAGGACUGCGUUCUGGUGACCGACGAUGACGACCGCAUCGCCGGCAUCUUUACCGCCAAGGAUCUGGCUUUCCGAGUGGUCGGCGCGGGCGACAAGGCGAGCAAAGUCACAAUCGCCGAGAUCAUGACCAAGAACCCUCUCUGCGCCCGAACCGACACCAGCGCCACCGAUGCUCUCGAUCUCAUGGUCCGCAAGGGGUUCCGCCACUUGCCCGUCAUGGACGAGAACCAGGACAUUUCCGGUGUCCUCGACAUUACAAAGUGCUUCUACGAUGCCAUGGAGAAGCUCGAGCGCGCCUACUCUUCGUCGAGAAAGCUCUACGAUGCCCUCGAGGGUGUUCACUCUGAACUGGGUACUAAUCAGCCCCAGCAGAUUAUCCAGUACGUCGAGGCUCUGCGCAGCAAGAUGUCCGGCCCGACUCUGGAGACAGUCCUCAACGGCAUCCCUCCCACGACUGUCAGCGUAAGAACGUCUGUCAAGGAGGCUGCUGCGCUCAUGAGGGAGAACCACACCACUGCCGUCCUUGUUCAGGACCAGGGUGCCAUUACCGGUAUCUUUACCAGCAAGGACGUUGUUCUACGUGUUAUUGCUCCUGGUCUGGACCCCGCCAACUGCAGUGUCGUGCGUGUCAUGACUCCCCAUCCCGACUUUGCGCCGAUGGACAUGACUAUCCAAGCGGCUCUCCGCAAGAUGCACGAUGGUCACUACCUCAACUUGCCCGUCAUGAACGAUGGCGGCGAGAUUGUCGGCAUGGUCGACGUCCUCAAGCUGACGUACGCUACUCUGGAGCAGAUCAACUCCAUGUCGACUGGAGACGGCGAGGGCCCGGCUUGGAACAAGUUCUGGCUGUCCAUUGACAACGAGACCGAGUCAAUGGUCUCUGGAGACGGCAGCCAGCACCACACAAACAUGGGAUCGCGCAUGAUGACACCCGACGUUGGCCGUGAUCGCUUGGGAGACAGCGUCGCCCCUGGGGACUCUGCUUCCCAUGUUGGAUCUCACCACGACCCUGAAGUUGCUCCCGCCGACCUUCCCUUCCCUUUCAAGUUCAAGGCUCCCUCAAACCGCGUCCACCGCCUGCAGGUCGUGGCCUCGCAGGGCAUUGAGGCGUUUGUUGCUGCUGUCGCUUCCAAACUUGGCAAUGAGAUGGAGUCUAUUGGCGGUGCGCCGACGACCGACGAUGGUAAGCUGAGCAACAUGGGGUUCGCUCUGAGCUACAUGGAUGACGAGGGUGACACCGUCUCCAUCACGACGGAUAAUGACUUGCUCGAGGCCAUUCUGCUUGCGCGCCAGGGCCACCGAGACAAGGUUGAGCUUUAUGUUCACGACCCUGAGAAGCCUCCUGUCGCUCCGGUUGCUCCUAUUGAGACGCCGGUCCUUGCCACCCCUCCCACAUCGACCGCUCCCGUGGUCCGCGAAAGACGUCGGGCGUACAGUGACGAUGAGGAGGAGGAAGAUGAAGACGACGACGAGGAUGGGCACGCGCCAGCACGCAGAUCACGCCGGACGCGCAACACGCCGGCCCCUACGCAGGAGCAGAUUAUCGCUGGUGUCCCCAACGAUCUGCUGCUCCCUGGCGCCAUUGUGACGCUCGCGGUUGUGAUUGUUGGUGUUUUUACCAUUGCUCGAGCCACCAGCCGUUAA